AUGUCUUCCAUCGUGCGUACAGUUAAGGGCGAUAUUCGCCCUGAAACAUUGGGACCUACACUCACCCACGAGCACUUAUCCAUGGAAUUCACACAUUUUUACCGAAAACCCCCUCAAAUGAUUGCUGAUAAAUUUAACUACGAUUUUAGUCUAGACACAAUAGGAUAUAUAAGGCAGUACCCAUAUAGUUCUAAAGAUAAUUUAACCCUCAAUGAUAAGUCUGCAAAGGAAGCAGUUUUACGAGACGUACAAGAUUAUAAAGCAAAUGGUGGAGGUACCAUUGUGGAAAACACAACAGAAGGCUUGGAAAGAGACGUUAAAUUUUACGAUUAUGUUAUGACAACUACAGGUGUUAAUAUUGUUGCUGGAACAGGCUAUUACAUAGCUGAUAUGCAAUCAGCGAAUAAUCUUCACAGUACUCUCGAAGAUUUGUAUGACCAUAUGUUAGCUGAACUAAGAACCGCCUGUGUGGGCUAUCCCUCUGUAAGGGCGGGGUUUAUCGGUGAAAUUGCAAGUGUUUGGCCUAUAAGAGAUUUUGAGCGUAAGGCGAUACAGGCAGCCGGUGAAGUACAAGCUCAGGUUGGUUGUGGUGUAAGCUUCCAUCCUCAUCGUGUAGCUGAAGCACCCUUUGAAAUAGUACGUCUUUAUUUGGAGGCCGGUGGGAAAGUUGAUAAGGUCGUCAUGUCACAUUUGGACAGAACUUUGUUAGAUCCUGCUAAGCUGUUAGAGUUUUCCGAGCUAGGUACAUAUUGCCAAUUUGAUUUGUUUGGAACAGAAGUUUCUUACUACCAGUUAAACAUCGACACGGAUAUGCCGUCUGAUGCUCAAAGACUGAAUAUGAUAUGCAGUUUACUGGAAGAUGAAAAGGAAGAAAAAAUACUUAUGUCCCACGAUAUCCAUACUAAGCAUCGAUUGAUUGAUUAUGGUGGUCACGGGUAUAGCCAUAUUCUGACAAAUGUUAUACCUAGAAUGAAAACCAAAGGAAUAUCCAAAGAAGUCAUAGACAAGAUUACGAUCAAAAAUCCAGCGGAGUGGUUGAGCAUUCCCAUUUAAGAUAUCAAAAAAAUAUAUAUUACGCACAUCCUUUAAGCCUUAUUAUUACAAAGUUGUGCACAUUAACAUA